AUGAGCCAAAGCCUUCAAGGAGGCCAAGGGACCAUGAUCCCGCUCAGCCAACCGAUUUUGCAGAGCACAUGGUUGCCUUCCAGAGAAGAAAUGCUGUUUGAAGUCAUCCCCGUGAACAUCCUGAGCGAACACCUUCAUCUCAUCUGCAACUUUCAAAUCCUAAUCCACCACUCUCCUGCAACAACAUCUCCACGUAAGACUCUUCUUGCACCUCACAUCAUUGUAUCCCACCCAGAGGCAAAUUUAUCACGGCACCUCAAGAUAUCUACCCCUCCCCCCCUACCAUCACAUCAGACCCAUCAGGGCAAACUCAACACGGAUCCCAUUCCAAUGAGAUACACAACUGAGCCUGAAUCAAUUUCCAAUGCAACAAGUAGUUCAUCCCCACCCCGAACACCCCCACUUCCCAUCAGAGAGACCCUACAGCAAGUCGUCAACUAUUCGAUCAACUAUUCGAUCACAGGAAGGAUGAUCCUGUACGAUUUGCAGUUCUUGCCCAUCCAUCGUCAACCGAUGCCCACCCUCCGCCUACACCUAAAUCAUCAGGAGACUAUAUCUCCGCGUCUUUGA